AGGAAGAGAAGCACGCGUUCUGAUUGGUUAAAAGGAACAGGAAAAACAUUAAUGGCGACUUGACGAACACAAACACUGGCUUAUCAAGGAGUGGGGGGAUAGUUUAGCUAUACUAUCGCCUUAAUAUAGGUGUUAUAGUGAGCCAUGGCGUGGUGGUGAUGGGGGAGGUGACCACAAAUAGGAAGGACAUGGAGGAGCAGGCGUGUGGGGCUUUAAAUACAGAGCCUAAUGAGGUGGAUGAGCGGGAGGAGGCGGUGGCAGCGGCGGUGGCGGUGGUGGGUGCCAGUGCCCGACGUGGGGUGGUCACCUUGUGUGCCAGCGUGGCCCACAUCAUCAGGAAGAACUUGAGGCUACAGCAGCAGGUGAAGGAGCUGGAGGGGCGUCUGAGGGCACUAGAGAGACUCACCUCGGAGGACAGUGCCGCGAGCCACUGCCAGGAAUGCAGCAGUGCCAUCAGCCAGUCCACCUCAGACAGCCUGCCAGAGUCGCCUUCGUCACAGAGAUGCGGGUCGGCCCCCCCUCACUUCCUGGCGGGGUCCCUCAGGCCAUGUGGUGGUCCAGGGGCAGCACCAAGGAAGGCAAGCGACCCAGGGAGUGGGGCCACCUUCCUGCGGGGCCACACCAGGGCCUCCACUGGGAACCUGAGUCGCUGUGGCCCCACCCUGGCACCCUUUGUGAGGAGGAAGUACAGUAGCAUCAGUCUGCGGAGAGUGAAGCGACACACGCCCUCUGCUGCCAUAAUGGGGAGGGCAGCAACGGUGGGCAGUGAGGGAAGCAGCAACAGCCUGGAGCAGAACAGCACCACCAGCACCACCAGCAGCAGGUCUUGUAUUGUGACAGUGGCGGAGGUGUACUCGACCCCUGCAAGUGUUGAUACCACCACCACCACCACCACCAACAACAACAACAACAACAACAACAACACGGAGGGUGAGGCUGUGAAGUUGCUGGCAAAGAAGCUGACCAGUGUGCUGCAGGAGGACAGCACACAGCAGCACCAGCAGGAGGACUCUGAGGACAUGGUCCUGUGUGCUCCUCAUCCCUUGGCCGGCUGUCAGUGUGUGCUGUGUCUGCAACUCUCCACAGACUCCGACACUGUGCCUUAUGAGAUUGUCACAGAUGAGGGGUCGCUGCUUCCCCGUGGCAGUGCAGUGCUGGUGAGGGGGAGACGCGUUGGCACUGUUGUUUACUUCGGCCACCGCAAGCACCAGGCAAGAGGCAGUGACGGCCCUGCGGCACCCCUGCUUCCCCCUCCAGCCCCCGGCACCCAUGACUUACCGGCGGACGAGUGUGCCAGGAGCCUCGCGUGUCCCCUGGGAGUGACGGUGCAGCUGUGGCCCCCUGACGAGGGGGAGGUGUUUGUGCCUCUUAACGACGUCAUCUGCCAGCUGGACGAGGGCGGCGACAGCAGCAUUGGCAGUGUAGAGGAAGCACCAACACUGAGGGAAGGCGACGACACCCACAGUAACAACAGCAGCAGCAGACGUGACAGUGAGGACAUGAAUUCUCACACCGCAGACUUGGACCACACCCUAACAGACACACACACCAGCCAGGACAUAGGACGCUUGAUACAGGACACGUGGGCAGAGGAGCAAGUGCAUAGCGUCACCAAGGACCCCAGGCACACAAGAGAACACCUUAGCAUCUCUGUGGCUGAAGCAGGACACAGGACACAAGGGACAGUGGACAAGGAUGGCUAUGGUGAGUGUGGUGAGGACAUGGGGCACCACGGAGGCCGCCACUUCAGCUCUGUGUCGGACACCAGCUCCACGUGUGAGUCCCUGGGCAGCAGAGGCAUGGAGGACGUGUCUAGGGGUCCUGCAGGAUACCAUGGGUCGAGAUCGGAGGCACUACCAAGACGCUCGAAGGUCAUGGGUUCUGAUCAGCGGUGCCUGGAGUGCGAGGGCGACAUAGAGAGCCGCGUGGGUGACUUGCAUCGCCACCCGUCUCAAGGGCCUAUCAGAUACCAUGGGUCACAGUCGGAGGCAUUACCAAGACGCAUGAAGGUCACGGGGUCGGAUCAGCGGUGCCUGGAGUGUGAGGACGACCUGGAGAGCCAAUACUCAGAGUGUGACAAGGGGAAGCUGCAGUUUGGCGACACCUGGGAUUCUGGCUGCUACAUGAGCCUCGGCCGACAUAGCAGCGAGUGUUCCGAGCAGUUUUCUGACCCGGAGAGUGAGUAUGGAAGCACGGGGCAUCCUUGGGGCAGCAGUCUGGAGGAGGCCCUCAACUCAGUGUGGCAGAAACACAAGCACGGGGACACCCUCACUCCAUACCUCAGGAGGACGCCGGCAGACACCUUCGUACUGGAUUCGGAGGUUGAGUUGCAGGAUUACCGAGGGCAUGGGAAGAUCAGGGAAGACACAGUAUGUUGAGGGAAGGCAGCUGGAUGACUCAACAGCUGCACCAGUGACAGUAGAGACCCCAUCACUGCUGCAUACUACUACUACUACUACUACUGCUGCUGCUGCUGUUCACCACCACCUCUUCCUCCUCCUCCCAGCACAGCAGACUGAGGUCAUGCCACAGCACUGCUCGCUUCCCUCCUCCACCUCCUGUUCUGUGGACGGAUAUAUUUUCCAUUACUUUUAAAUCCCGGACACUUGCAUGACUUGUGCUUUAGUAAUCUCACUACAGCAAACCCUACAUUAAUCAGGUCUUCUGGCUAAAAUCUGUUAAAAAUAUAUAAUUAAUUUUUUUUUGUAUAAAAGAUGGUAUCAAAAUUUUCUACAAGUUGACUCAAAAUAUCCAAAGAUUUAAGAUAUUUUAAAUGCUGAAAAUCCACUCGAAUUUCCUGCUUGAAGGGAUAUUGUUAAAAUGACUCCCUCUUGAACUUUGUCUAAUUCCAACUGUGUUCUUCAAGUAAAUGGGUACCCAGUUUGUAGUGAAGACUCCUGAACCAUCCAGACUUGCGAGAGGAAAGCAGCCAGUCAGCUGAUGGAAGAAAACAAUACCAGUAAAUAAUGAGAAGGUGAGAAUAUGUGAUAAAAUGAAGGACCAGUAAAUAGUGAGAGAAGAUCAGAAUAUAGGGAAAAAUAAAACAAUGAGAGGUGAAAAUAGAAAAAAAUGAAGGACCAGUAAAUAGAGAAGGUCAGAAUAUGGGGUAAAAUAAUAAAAAAAAGGCCAGUAGAAUAAUGAGAGAGGAAAGGUCAGAAUAAUAAUGAGAUAAAAUAAAGUCAGUCAAAUGCCAAUGAGAGAAGACAAGGACAGCAGAAUAAUGAAAGAGAAAAGGCCACAAUAAUGAGAUAAAAUAGUCAGUCAAGUAUCAAUGAGAGAAGAAGAGGCCAGUAUGAUGAUGAUGAUAAGUAAAAUGAGGAGACAAUAAGAACAGAAGUAAAAUAAUGCGAAUAAGGAGAAAAAAUAGACAAUGAGAGGAAAAAGAGACAGUAAGGAGAGAAAUAGAAGAGAUGAUGAUGAGAAAAAUAAAACAUAAUAAGGAGAGAAAAUAGAGACAAUAAAGAGAGAAAUAAAAUAGAGACAAUAAGGAGGGGAAUAAAAUGACGAGACAAAACAGCGAGUCAACAAACAACGCUGAAUUUUACCACAUGAAGGGUUUGCUGUACUACUUAGCAUUGAAGUCUAGUUGUUAAGGUAUAUUUACAUUUUAAACGGUUAUUUUCUUGUACGAUACAUUAACUAUUUUCUUACACCUGGCUUAGUUAACAUUGUAUAAUCUCACUAACGCAUUUUCAACGAUAUUUAGCUGGUAGUUUUUACGUUGAUGGAUUGUGAUGCUUUUAAUCAGUUUUUAUCAUUUAUGUUUUGAUUACUUUUAUUACUCGACAAAAUGCUGCUUUAUUUUUGUAACCUUUUGACUGCAAAUGGGACAGUGUGUACUCCUCAACACGUGGCAGUGCUUGUGUGUUGCCACGUGCCACUGCAGACUGACAAUCUCCAGUGGGGCUGUUGAGGGUUGUCCAGGAUAAUGCCACACAUCACUUAGGAACCUGGAACGAUGAUUUUGCUGUGCACUAAAAAGUUUUAAGUCGUUAUGGUCUUUGUGAAUUUUGAAAUCUUUAACAAUGAUUCAAUUUUAACUAGACACUAAAAAGUUGUAAUUUGUUAUGCUCUUUGUGAAUUUAGGAAUCUUUAACAAUGAUUUAAUUUUAACUACACACCAAAAAAGUUGUAAUUCAUUAUGCUGUUUAGGAAUUGAGGAAUCUUGAACAGUGAUUUAAUUUUAACUGCAGACACUGAAAAGUUUGAAUUCAUUAUGCUGUUUAGGAAUUUAGGAAUCCAUAACAAUGACUUCAAAUUUAACUACACGCACUAAAAAGCAAUUCUUAGUUAUGAUAUUUUUCACAGUAACUCUAAACACUUUGAGGGGCGUGACCUUGGCUGCACUACAUCAGCCUUCAAGUCCCGGCAGUCAAGCGGUCCAUGCGAGGAAGAGUAUUUUUGUUGCUUGAGGUGGAUAUUGUUACUCCUGUGUACUUAUCUGUGGAAACCAAAUAUUUUAGUUUGUCCUAAGUGUUAAUAUUACCGUGGAAACCAAAUAUUUUAGCUCAUACCAAAUGUUAGUCACGGAGAUACACUGAUAUUCAGAGACAGUCGGAAAACAGAUUACUUAUUUUUGUUGACGAAAACUUAGCUGAUAAUAAUGUCACUCAUAAACACACUGCUGUAAAACCUCAGAUAAAAGUUUACUGCCUGACAUUUUUGCUACUUCAUGGGGAAACAGGAAAAAGUCAUUGUCUUCAUGGAAACUAGUGACUUUUUUCCUCAAAUUUGAGUAAUAAUGAGCCAGAACAUUGUCUCUGCUUGGGAAAUAAGACUCUGACUUUCAUAUUAACCUUCAAAAUGACAAUUACAGACCAUUAAUACUCUGGACACAUUAGACAUGACAAAGUGACCCAGCAGAUACAGAAAUUACUCAAAAUGACCCAAAAUAUUACCCAGAACUUGAAAAAAAAAAAAAAAAAAAAAAAAAUCAAUAAAUAAAAAAAAAUAAAUAAAUAAAAUGAAAUAAAAAAAAAAUCAAUCAAAAUUAUUCUAGCAGUUUGUUUACAAGUGACAAGAACACAAGCUCUCAUUUCUCAGACUAUUCCUUUCAUGCAAUAGUUCAAAUACCAAGCCUUGAAAUAUUGAAAACCUAAACCCAUCUGUGCUAUCAAGUAGUCAACAUUGUGAAGGGGUGUAGUGUUCCUUACCUGACUGAAUACUCUCUGAUCCAGUCUCUCUGCCUGCCUGCCUGCCUGUCUGUCUGUCUGCUGCCAUGGCCGGAUCUGCUGUCUUCUUUCACCUGUGGCUUCCAUUCUGUCUACCAUUCACCUGCACCCUCUCUCCUGUCUGCUGUCACUGUAUAAAAAGUUUGAGGAGCAGUAAUCUUUAUUUGCUGUUCCACCCUGCUUCAAAACACUGGAAAAAAGCUGUCUGGUUUUAAAUUCUGCCUCUUGUCAGUCCAUCAGUUUUGUUGCAAUAAGAAUGGUAAUUAUAUCUUUUAACUCAACAUGGGCACCUCCAGCAGACUUGGCUAUCAAAUUUGUAUUACAUAUUAAAGGGGGCGCGGUGAAAAUUACUUGAGAAUUUGUUUACAAGUGACAAAAACUUAUCACUUUUUUUUUUUUCCAUGCUAAUUUUCUGCCAAACCUUUAAGUACUAAAAUAAGAACCACUUGAGUAUUUAAUCCUUCUCCAGCAUUUAUUCUGUCCAUUACUCAUCUGACACAGCAUCCUCUCUCCUCUCUCUCUCUCUCUCUCUCUCUCUCUCUCUCUCUCUCUCUCUCUCGUGGCAGCAGCACAGCAGGUGUCAGUGAGGCAGGUGCUAGUUCAAGUCCUGCCAGUGUCAGUUUGGUGCUGUGUCGUGCAACGGAUGGUGCUACGCUUUUCGUCAUUUAGUUUAAUUUUUACGUGUGUUUGUAAGGCAUUUCCAUUAUGUAGUGGUAGAUACUCUUGGAAAUAAAAAUUAUCAAUACUA